AAGUUGCAUUGCAUCCAUCGUGCCUGAUCUCCCUCCCAAUAAGCACGUCUGUUUCUCCCCAGCUCCAAGCCGGACGACGCAGCGUAGCAGCAGAGAGCCAGAGACCAGAGAUGGCCGCCCUCGCCGCCGCCUCCACGGCCGCCUUCGCCGCGAAGCCGCGCGCGCGCCUCUCCGUGGCCUGCUCCGCCGCCACCGGCGACAGCAGCAGCGUGUCGCUCGCGUCCUCCGUGAAGACGUUCUCCGCCGCGCUGGCGCUGUCGUCGGUGCUGCUGUCCUCGGCCGCCACCUCCCCUCCGCCCGCGGCCGCCGACAUCGCGGGGCUGACCCCGUGCAAGGAGUCCAAGGCGUUCGCGAAGCGCGAGAAGAACUCGAUCAAGAAGCUCACCGCGUCGCUGAAGAAGUACGCGCCCGACAGCGCCCCCGCGCUCGCCAUCAACGCCACCAUCGAGAAGACCAAGCGCCGGUUCGAGAACUACGGCAAGUUCGGGCUGCUGUGCGGCGCCGACGGCCUGCCGCACCUCAUCGUCAGCGGCGACCAGCGGCACUGGGGCGAGUUCGUCACCCCGGGCCUGCUCUUCCUCUACAUCGCCGGCUGGAUCGGGUGGGUCGGCAGGAGCUACCUCAUCGCCAUCAGCGGCGAGAAGAAGCCCGCCAUGAGGGAGAUCAUCAUCGACGUCGAGCUCGCCACCCGCCUCCUCCCCAGGGGGUUCAUCUGGCCCGUCGCCGCCUACCGCGAGCUCAUCAACGGGGACCUCGUCGUCGACGACAAGGACAUCGGCUACUACUAGCUGCGCUUGUUCACCUGCUUGCACUGUGCAUAUAUAUUGCUGCUGCCGAGCUGGGCGCUUGGAUAGUACGUGGGGAAACAUGGAUGGCUUUUGGUGUAGGAGCUGCAUGCUUUGCUAGGGCUAUCUGGUCAUGUAGGAAAUGGAAGCUCUGCUGUACUUUAAGAAACUUGAUGAAACCUUUGUAUAACUCAACUGUACCUCUAUCUAUCCCUUGUGUGUAUUUGAGAACGAUUUCA